AAACAUCAAAACGUUGUUUGUUUGUGCGUACAUUCAAUGUAGCUGUUUUUGAUUCUACGUAUGCUCUUUGGUGGAUUUUUCUCAACUGGGUCUCUCGUUUCAACGGGCUAUAGCAAUUUCAGAAUUAAAGUGAUUGUUUCACCAAAGAAAUAUAUGUAUGGCUGAAGAUGAAACUUUAUCUGGGAUGUCUGAAACUGACAUAACAACUUUGAAGGAAACCCUUGAAGCACAACAACAGCUUCUUCAAACCCUUUACGUCGAGUUGGAGCAGGAAAGGGAAGCGUCGGCUACCGCGGCUAGCGAGGCUCUCUCCAUGAUUCUGCGUUUGCAAGGCGAAAAGGCUGCAGUGAAGAUGGAAGCAAGCCAGUACAAGAGAUUGGCAGAGGAAAAGAUGUACCAUGCCGAGGAGUCUCUGGCAAUCUUUGAAGAUCUUAUUUACCAGAAGGAGAUGGAAAUUGCUGCUCUUGAAUUCCAAGUUCAGGCUUAUAAGUGCAAGCUUUUAAGCUUGGGGUGCAAUGAUGUGGUUGGAGGCGAAAACAGAUUUCCGGAGACUCUAAUUUUCCAAGGAAGUGAUCUGGUUAAAGGAGAAACUUGUGGUGGUGGAGGUAAUGUUAAAAGAUUCAGCUCUUUACCUCCUCUUCCACUCAAGGAUUCUCACCAGAAGAAGAGCCCCAUAGAAAGGCAAAAAUCCACAAUCAACUUGCCGGAUUUAGUUCAGAAGAUAGUGGAGAAAAAAGCAGACCAGGAAAUUAGUAUUCAGAACUUGGAGUUAGAGAAGAAACAAGGACAUGGUUCUGGUGGAAACUUUGAUUCUUACUGGCAGCAGAUUAGAAUGUUAGAUGAACAAGUAAAAGAAAUCUCUCACUCUAAAGAUUCCGCUAGAGAUAAGCAGAAUGAAUCUAGGCCUUGUCCAUUGCCUUCACCAGUAACCAUCAACAAAUCCUCUGACUCAACAACAUUGAAAGUUGUCACUGCCUUGAAUGAAGUAAUACAUGAUGAUAAUUUGCUAGAAAGAGAGGAAAAUCUUAGCAGUUCUUGUUCUUCAAGUAUCCAAGAUAUUUUCGAAGUUCCAAAACUUAGAGAGAAGCGUAAAACUUGUGAGAAACAAACGAAAAGACAGAAUGAAGCGAUUGAUGGAGUUGAGACCAAGCUUGGGGACCUGGAUUUGGCACCUCAGGAAACUAGUAAAUCAUGUUUUAAAGAUGAAACAGACAGUGCAAAGAAAAUGUUGAGCAACUUGUCUAAACCGAGAGAUGAAAUGAGUAGUCAUCGCAAUUUGGCUCUAGUUCAUCCACCAACCAGUGUUGCUGAAUCUCAAGCUCAGUUUCAGCAGUUGCGUCGAAGGGUCGAGCAGCUUGAGGGAGAGAGAGAUGGUAUAAGUCGAGAAAUUACUUAUGCUGGGGAAGAGGAGAAGAAGUUGUUGAGGGAGAUACAUGAACAACUUAACGACAUACAAGCUGAACUUUUCAGUUGGAGAAAAAGGAAAACAAAAGUGCACGAUGACCAAUGCCUUGAUCCGCUAAGAGAGGCAAUGCUGUACUUCUGGUUAUGAUCAAGCAAUUCAAUUGCCAUGAUAAAGUCUUCCAGCUCGUUGAUUGUUCUCCAUGGUAAAUGGUAUGAAAAAAUAGGCAAUUUUUUUUUUCCUGAGAAAAGAAUUAUAUACAAUGUAUAGAGUGUAAAAUUUGCAUACAUGUUCAUUAAGCAGUACAGCAAAGGAGAGUGUGUUUUGUCAAUACUGUAUUAGGUAUGAUUUUGUGUCCUUUCGUUAUUUCCCAGAUUUUUAGGUACAUAAUCGUUUAUAAGUAUAAAUACCUUACUGUUUGAGAGAACUUUUUACCAUCUGUAAGCUGGA